AUGGAUAUGCUUACCCUUCAUGUCGUCGGAGUUCUGCAGCUCCGCGGGCUUAGUUUCGUCCGCUGCGGGCACAGUAAAACCGCACCCGGUGAGGAAAUCUCCGAGUUUAUUGCCCAUAUGAAUUGUGUGAUGCCACCAAUUUUGCUCCCUCCCUGUCAGCCACUCGUUGAGUUCCUCUACGCCGGACCUCAGAAUUGGAACUAUGCUCAGCAACACCUUGGCGCAUUUCUCCUUGCCGGGGUUGUGGGCGUCCCGCCAGUCGAGCGUGGCACCGGAGUAUGCGGAGACGUACGCUGUGCCGAGCUCUGCGACAAAGCCAUGCAGGCCUCUCUUAAGGGUGUCGAGCAGCGGAGUGGACGGCUUCUGGAAGUUUUCUGGUCUCAGUUCGGCGAGCGCUAUUUUAAGGUCAUCAAGCAUCCCCGGGACGCGAUGGUCGAAGGCAUUAUUUACCUCAAGGUAGUGGAGCAACUCGUUGAAUGCGUCGUAUAUUUCCAGAAGCAUACGAGAGUAAUCACGUACAAUUCUUCCGACAGGAUCUCUCUUCGCAUUAUUCUCCCCGUUCACCCUCACGAUCUCCCUGUUGACGUACGAGGCGAGUGGCGACCAGAAUUUUUUGAAGGCUGUGGCCAGUUUGCGGAAAAGCAUUAUCUUCUCGGCUGA